AUGGAGUCGCAGUCUACACCCUACGAUACGGCUCUCUGCCUUAUCCCCCCCGAGCCACAAUGGCCAUCUGUAAACCGCCUUCGCUUCGACAACGACAAAUCAUAUCUGAAGUGGCCCCCGCACGUAAACCUCAUCUACCCCUUCGUACAAUUUACCGAUAGCAACGCCCUGCAAGAAACCUGCGAGGCCAUCGUGUCAUGUCUGGAGGUUCGCGCGGCCGCUGGCGACUCUGCUGCUCUUCCCAUUCGCCUGGACUCACCGGGUUUCUUCUCUCACAGAAACGGUAGCACCAUAUACCUAUGUGACAAGCGCGAGAAGACGGUUUCGAGCCUGACCUCUUUAAGAUGUGCCAUUCUCAACGCUGUCGGCCAGACCCGCCCAGAAUCGUACAGCAUGCACAUGACGGUAGCCCAGUGUGAAGAUACAGCCCUUUCAUCCAAGCUGGAGUUCUUACUCGAAAAGCUUCGCCGGCUACCACUAGUAUCCUGGGAGGCUACCCAACUGGCCGUUCUCAUUCGUACUCCGUCAGGUCGCAUGAGGCAAUGGGGGUUGAUCGACUUGGUGUCUCCAUCUCUCACCAUUUGCGAAGACUCCCCGAGCCCGGGCUUGGGCCGAGAAGUAUCUUCAGCACUCAUCCCCCGACCAACGUGGCGCUUCUCCGAGCCAGACUUGGCCUGGAAGCCGUUGGAUAGUCGUGCUGAGGUCCUAUGCCCCAGCACGCAGCCGCCAGAAAACCUCAUUGUCGCUAGUUGGAACGUACUCGCCGAAUUCCAGCAUCCCCCAUCUCGCGUCCGAUAUCCCUUGAUUGUGGAAAAUCUUGUUGCAGGGACCGCGCUUGCAGACGUCGUGGUUCUCCAGGAGGUCACGGAUGACUUUCUUCCUUUCCUGCUCGCAGAUGAUCGGAUUCAAACCACAUAUCCCUACGUCUCCGAAGGUUCACCGGACGAUCCCGCGGCGGGGCCACUGCCGAAUAUUCUUAAUACUGUUGUGUUUAGCAAAUAUGCUUUUUCGUGGCAAUACCUGCCCUCUAAGAGACGACAUAAAGGAUCAAGUAUCCUCAAAUUCGAAGAUCUGGCGGAAAGGCCAGAUUUGCCUCUAGUUCUUGCCACAUGCCACCUGAGCCAAGGCUUGACAGACGGUGCUGUCGUCGCGAAAGAAAGAGAACUUCAGCGUAUUCUCGAUCAUUUGAAGAUGCAUUACGCAGCAAACCAGUGGAUCAUCGCGGGAGACUUCAACAUCGCCACGUCCUCCUACACGAUCGAUGCCGCAGUGAGGCGGGGCACCAUCACGACUUCGACGGAAGACGUCCUGCGCAGCAUUGAGAUGACACUUUCCGAGGCCAACCUUCUCGACGCGUGGCUGAUAUCACGCGUUGAGUCCGGUGUGAGCGAUUGUGUCAAGGGGCGCAUCGACGACCUCCUCGAAGGCGAACAAGGCGCCACCUUUGAUCCCAGAGAGAACCCGCAAGCUGCGAAGAUGGUCGGUAGCGGUCUAAACCACCGCCCGCAGAGGUACGAUCGUAUUCUAGUCAAGGCUGGCGGUCCUCUACACAUCUCUCGAUUCAACAUGUUCGGAUUCCUCACUAGCGUGGGAGAAAGGCCAGAGGAACCCCUAUUCGCAAGUGACCACUGGGGGAUCCGAUGCCUACUAGAGCGCUCCUCGGCGGGGGAUGGACCCGGCCCUAGCGUUCGAGUCGUACCUGUCGAACUUCGACGGGCACCGUCUUCCUUGUCAGAUAUCACAGCACUGAAACGGUGCCUAGAACAUCUUGACGUCGUCCCGACGGACCGUGACGAGUCGGACCGGAAACGAGUUCUCGAAGUGCUCCAACAGAUUCUUCUCGAGACCGACCAUUCGACAGACGAGCAGGCACGUGGUCGACCGGCGAUCGUGCUCUCCCCCGUCGGAUCUUACGGGCUCGGGGUGUGGUCCAAGUCCUCCGACAUCGAUUGUCUCUGCAUUGGAUCGAUCAGCCCUCGGGUCUUCUUUACUCUCGCCAGGCAGCGUCUGAGGAAGUCAGCCAGCGCCGGAGUGCGGGUACUGCGAAAAGUGAAGGCGAAGACGGGCACAAUGUUGGAAAUUGAUGUCCUUGGUCUUAGCCUGCCGACACAGACGCUGCUGAAGCUGAAGCCGGCUCGGGAUUUGUUAUAUCUCACGAGGUCUAUCCCCGACCUGGCUCAGUUCCGUAUAAGCUACCGAGCAAUCAAGACUUGGGCACGAGCGCGUGGGAUCUACGCGGCCAGAUUCGGCUAUCUUGGUGGAAUCCACCUGUCUGUCAUGCUGGUCAGGAUAUGCAAGAUGCUGUUGCACGAGGGCGGGACUGCAUCGACGGCGGACAUCAUCGCCACAUUUUUCAACCACUACGCACACUUCGACUGGAAGAAUGAUAUGGUCUUUGACCCCUUCUUCCACAAGCAACUACGGUACCAUCGGACGCCGCGAGAGGCCAUGUGCCUCCUAGGAUGGCACUCUCCAACGCUCAAUACUGCCCUCAUUGCGUCCGUGCCUACCGUCAAGAUAAUAUCCAAGGAAUUCCGUCAAGUCGACUUCAAACUCGUUGAGGGGGCAUCCUGGGAAUCUUUACUGUCAAUACCGAGCGCAAACUCCAAAAAAGCCCUGACGACUGGUGCGGCGAACUUCUUGUCCUCAUUCAAGACCUUUGUUGAUCUACGCGUCCAUUACUGGGGAGGCUCACUCGAACGCGGAAGCAAACUCGUCGGCUGGCUCGAGUCCCGUUGUGCUUCACUUCUCGUCGAUAUUAACAGAAAGGUACCGGAGCUCUCUCCAAGAAUCUGGCCAGCACGCUUCGUCGACGCAGCCACGCAAGCCGCACAAGGCGAGCAGAAGGAUUAUCAGGGUUCUUACCUCGUAGGUUUGGAAUGGAUGAACUCCAACGACAAGCCCGGGAAGGACAUUCUUGAGACCGCCCAUAGCAACUUGCACGGCGUGCUUCAGCAGUUCGAACAACACAUUCAUGGCGACGAUAAGUACUACGACCCAAAUACGUCCUGGUUCAGCGCCACUCUUGUCAGGGGCAACGAGCUAGGUGACCUCGCACUUGAUGAUCGGGAAUGGGGCGAGCAUGUUGACGGCGACGAUGAAUCGGAUACGGACGAGGAAGAGGAGGGAGAAAAUGAAGACAUUCUGGAACAGGCGGCGGAAAAAUCGACGAAGAAGGCUAAGUCGACCAAGCACACGCGCUCCACGACCGUCCCGAAACCCGAAGGGGGAGGCAAAUUCAGAACUGCUCUGGACGUACUGAACAGACUUCGCUGGGAUCCCAAAAUUGACGGGAAUGACUUUGUGGUUGGGUAUGAGGACAGAUUUCUGGGGCCACAAGAAAAGGCUCUGACAGAGUGGAAGAGCGAGCAAACGCACGAGGAGUUCAUUCCUCAACACAGAAUUCUCUGGUUCAAACGUCGCAGCGACGAACUUGUCGUUUGGGAUAGAUCUAAACGCAUCGAUCUGCUCUUCAAGAAGGCACAAGGCCAGACAACUUGA